AAGUCUCGGGGCUGCCACAGUGAAACCCUCCAGCGCAUGCUCCCUCUUGGAACUUCUCCCCCUCUUAGCAGGAUGGAUGAGGAGGCUUCAGAUGGGCUGCUCUUCAAAGACCACGACUUCUCCUCUGACUUGUUGAGGCAGCUCAAUGGCUUAAGACAAAACGGAAUCCUGACUGAUGUGAUCAUCUGUGUCGGGGCCUGGGAGGUCCCCUGCCACCGAAACGUGCUGGCCGCCAGCAGCCCCUACUUCAGGGCCAUGUUCUGCAGCAGCUUCCGGGAGAGCGGUGAGGCCAAGGUCCAGCUGAGAGGCAUCGACUCCGCGGCCCUGGACCAGCUCAUCCUGUACGUGUACACCGGGCAGGUGCGCAUCACGGCCGAGAACGCGCUGCCCCUCCUGGAGGCUGCCUCCAUGCUGCAGUACCCCAAGCUCUUUGAGGCCUGCUCCUCCUACCUCCAGAGCCAGCUGACCCCCAGCAACUGCCUGGGCUUCAUCAGACUCUCGGACAUCCUAAGCUGCGAGACCCUCAGGAAGACAGCCAGGGAGGUGGCCCUGGCGUACUUCCCGGAGGUGGCCGCAUCAGCUGACCUGAAGGAGCUCUGCGCCUUGGAACUGAGGGACUACCUGGGGGACGAUGGGCUCUGCGGAGAGGAGGAAAAGGUGUUUGAGGCCGUCAUGGUUUGGGUCAAGCACGACCUCCAGGCCCGGGAGCGGUACGUGCAGGAGCUGUUCCAGCUGGUCAGGCUUCCGUACAUCCACCCAGCCUUCUUCCACCACUUCAUCGCCAACGACACCCUCCUUCAGUCCUCACCCUCGUGCCAGGUCAUCUUGGAGACGGCCAAGAGGCAGAUGUUUUCCCUGUAUGGCACCACCAGCGUCCCAGACCCCCAACCUCCGUGGCAUGUCCCCCCAAGGAACUCUUACCAAGAUUUCCUCAUCCUCUUGGGUGGGAGGAAGGACAGCCAGCAGACCACCCGGGAUGUUCUGCUGUACAACAGACAGACGGGCCAAUGGCAGAGCCUCGCCAAACUCCCCACCCGGCUCUACAAGGCCUCCGCCGUUGCCUUGCACCACAGCGUCUACGUGCUGGGAGGCAUGGCCGUCGGCGCAGGGAAGGGUGUGCCCAGUCACCACGUCUACACCUUCUCCCUGAAACUCAACCACUGGAGGCUGGGACAGCCCAUGCUGGUGGCCCGCUACUCCCACAGGAGCACUGCCUAUAAGAACUUCAUCUUCUCCAUCGGAGGGAUUGGAGCAGGGCAGGAGGUGAUGGGCUCCAUGGAGAGGUAUGACAGCAUCUGCAACGUCUGGGAGGGCAUGGCCAGCAUGCCAGUGGGGGUUCUGCACCCUGCAGUCGCUGUCAAAGACCAGAGGCUCUACCUCUUUGGGGGAGAGGACAUCAUGCAGAACCCUGUGCGCCUCAUCCAGGUUUAUCACAUUUCCAGAAACACGUGGUUCAAAAUGGAGACACGAAUGAUCAAGAAUGUGUGCGCCCCUGCGGUGGUGCUUGGCGAGCGGAUUGUCAUCGUGGGAGGUUACACGAGGAGGAUUCUAGCUUAUGACCCUCAGUCCAACAAGUUUGUCAAGUGUGCGGACAUGAAAGACCGGAGGAUGCACCACGGGGCCGCCGUGAUGGGGAACAAGCUCUAUGUGACGGGUGGACGGAGGCUGACCACGGACUGCAACGUCGAAGACUCGGCCUCCUUUGACUGCUACGACCCCGAGACGGACACUUGGACAUCCCAGGGACAGCUGCCUCACAAACUCUUUGACCACGCCUGCCUCGCUCUCCAGUGCAUUCCCCACACUUCCACCUCCCCGUGAGGUGGACAAGAAACCUAAAAAUGACCUGUCUUAGUCCAGGUGCUCUUGUUGCCGGAGACAAAACCCAACU